AUGUCAACGAAAGCAAAAAUGACUUUGGGGAUCACUACCCUUUGCACUAUUGCCACUGUUUGGGGCGUGCAUUAUCAGCAAAUGUCCGAAAAGGAGACUAUGCGUAUGGGUAUUGUCAAGGACGAAGAGCGUAUGGCAAAGAAGAGGCGUCAAGACGAUAAUGUGACCGAGCUUGCGGCUCAACAAGAGCUGGAGCGACAAAUGUUGGCAGAGCAGACUCUCCGGAAAGAAGAGAUUUAG